AUGGAAGUAUCAAUAUCAACAUCAACAUCUACAUCUUUCCAUGAUUUUCUCUACCGUAUGCGACAUCCUUCCUCGCUCGACCUCGUCCGAGCCAUUAAAAGCUUUAUAGUAUCAUUUUCAUUUUAUCAACCAAAACCUGAAAAUGAUGGGAAAAGAGUUCAAGACUUCUUUUCAUCCAUGGAAGUUUCAAUUAGAAAUCAUCCACUUUGGGCAACUGCUACUGAACAAGACAUUGAUUGUGCCAUGGAGGGUUUAGAAAAAUAUAUAAUGACUAAAUUAUUCUCUCGGACAUUUUGUACUUCUCUUGAAGAAGCAAAGGUUAACCAUGAAAUCUCAGAAAAAAUAAAGUUGCUUCAAACCUUUCUCAAGCCUCAACAUUUGGAUAUUCAACCAGUUCUUCAUAAUGAAUCCUCAUGGCUGCUUGCGGAGAAGGAAUUGCAGAAAAUGAAUGCAUUCAAAGCUCCACAAGAGAAGCUUUCAAGCAUAAUGAAUUGUUGUAGGGUUAUCAACAAUUUGUUGCUCAAUGAUGCAAUGUCUGAGCAUGUUCCAGCUGGAGCUGACGAUUUUCUCCCUCUGCUUAUAUAUGUUACCAUCAAGGCAAGGCAAGCCAAUCCUCCAAUGUUACAUUCAAACCUGAAAUUCAUCAAGUUGUAUAGAAGACAAACAAAACUCAUCUCUGAAGCUGAAUAUUAUUUCACAAAUCUUGUCUCAGCCAAAACAUUUAUAAUUGACUUGAAUGCCAAAUCCCUCUCCAUGGAUGAAAUCAAAUUUGAAGAGUGCAUGCAAGAAGCCAAAUUGGCCAACAAACUCACAAAUGAAUCACACUCUACAUGUCAAAUGAAACAUCAAGAGAAGAAUGAUUGCAUGUUGUCAAUUAAAAUGCACAACAAAGUUUUAGAUUUUGAUGUUUUGCAAGAUGGAUCAAAUUAUCCAUACAUGGAAGCAAAGAGCAAAGAUCUAGAAAUGGAAGAUGUGGAUAUAUUGUUACAUCAUUACAAGGAUUUGGUUUCUAAGCAUACAAGGCUAUGCAAAGCUAUCAAUUGUCUUCCGGUGUUGGAGAAAGAGUCAUUGCUUCGUCAGAUAGAAAUGCAUGGAAACAGCACAAACACAAAUGAUCAAACCACAUCACAAUAAGUUAUUAGAAUCAAGUAAGAUUGUGUUUUUUUGUGGAAUAGUUUAGUGGCUGAAAUUCACUUUUUAAAUAUAAACAAAUAGGAUAUCGCA